AAGGGGUGCGGUCGCUGCCGGGAGCGCACGGAGCACCAGCGCGCGGGGCGCACACCUUCGCGGGCGAGGAUCUGCGGGCACUGGCGUCUCCUUCUGCUGCACUUUUGGGAUUAGUGUGAUCUCAACUCAAGGAAAAGGAGAGAUACCAUGGCAUCUAUCUGGGUUGGAUCCCGAGGAACAAUAAGAGAUUAUCCAGGCUUCAGCCCAUCGGUGGAUGCUGAAGCUAUUCAUAAGGCCAUCAGAGGACUUGGAACGGAUGAGAAGACACUCAUCAGUAUUCUGACUGAGAGGUCAAAGGCACAGCGGCAGCUGAUUGCUAAGGAAUAUCAAGCAGCAUAUGGAAAGGAGCUGAAAGAUGACUUGAAGGGUGAUCUCUCUGGCCACUUCAAGCAUCUCAUGGUGGCUCUUGUGACUCCACCAGCAGUGUUUGAUGCAAAGCAGCUAAAGAAAUCCAUGAAGGGUGCUGGAACAAAUGAAGAUGCCUUGAUUGAAAUUCUAACUACCAGGACAAGCAGGCAAAUGAAAGAGAUCUCUCAAGCCUAUUAUACAGUAUAUAAGAAGAGUCUGGGAGAUGACAUUAGCUCUGAAACAUCUGGUGACUUCAGGAAAGCUCUGUUGACUUUGGCAGAUGGUAGAAGAGAUGAAAGCCUGAAAGUGGAUGAACAUCUGGCCAAAAAAGAUGCCCAGAUUCUCUAUGAUGCUGGCGAGAACAAAUGGGGCACAGAUGAAGAUAAAUUCACUGAGAUCCUGUGUUUAAGGAGCUUUCCUCAACUGAAACUAACAUUUGAUGAAUACAGAAAUAUUAGCCAGAAGGACAUUGAGGACAGCAUUAAAGGAGAAUUAUCUGGGCAUUUUGAAGACUUACUGCUGGCCAUAGUUCAUUGUGCGAGGAACACACCUGCGUUUUUAGCUGAAAGACUGCAUCGAGCUUUGAAGGGUGCUGGAACUGAUGAGUUUACCCUCAACCGAAUAAUGGUUUCCAGAUCUGAAACCGACCUUUUGGACAUUCGAGCAGAGUUCAAGAAGCAUUAUGGCUAUUCCCUAUACUCAGCAAUUAAAUCAGAUACUUCUGGGGACUAUGAAAUCACACUCAUAAAGAUCUGUGGAGGAGAUGACUGAGUCAAGAAGAUAAUCUCUGAAAGUCACCUGCUCCCAAGGUGGACUUCUCCAAUAGCUCUGCUUGCUUCUUUCUCAUAGUAUUUAAAAGUACAAACAAGUGUAAAAUAGCAACUUAUUUGCCUAACAGAAAUUUUCAUUGUUUCAUAGCAACAAUAACAGCUUAUUAUUUUAGAGCAUCUCAUUUAUAAUGUAAUUUUUAAAAAUAAAUAAAUGAAAUCUAUCAAGUGGUAUUAAGGAUCUGCUAAUACUAUCCAAACUAUAUUUCUGCUUAGGAAGUCAGAAUCUUCAUAUAGAUUUAAACCACUGCAUAUAAAGCAGGGUAAUAAAAAUCACUGCCUUUGUUAAAUGUAUGUAAUUUGUCUAUUUCUUUUUAAAGUCUACCAAUAUGUAUGGUACCUAGGCUAUCGACUAAUGGUAUUUUAAAACAUUUGUUAUAAAAUCUGUUGAUGCUUUAGUUUAUCUAUUACUUUAUUAAUCACAGUCUUUAAAAAACUAAAAAUAAAGAUGUAUGUGACUCUGUCCUAA